AUGGACAUGCAACAAGACAAACCAUCCGAGAGGGAGAUACACCCUCCAAAACGAAAACAUGACGACCUUGUCCAAUCAUCUAGUUCGGAAGCUGAUGGGAAGAAAAACAAAUCAUACAGUUGGCGAGAGCUCCUUGAAUACACCAAACAUCGCAGAAUGCAAGAGAGCUCUGAUGAAGAACACGAGCCUGUUGAAAAUAUUUCCCAACCACUCCCAUUCCACCCCGAGACCGUUCCGUCACGUCCUAGCUUGCCGCACCAGGACCGCGUUCAUUCAGCCAAAGUUCCGGACGGCGAUUCUGGAAACGAAGACGACAUUCCAUUUAGAGAUGCUGCGACUGGUAGUGAGGAAGGUGAUAAGGAAACUCUUGAUAAUGCCGUGGAUGGGGCUUCGGACUCAGAAAAGUGGGUCAGCUCAGACGACGAACAGAAAUCGAAUGUUUCAUCAAAUUGA